AAUAUCAAUACCUUUUGUUUCUAGUCUGUGAUCAAUACCUAGUUAUUUACAAAAUAUAUAUCCAUUAAUCAACAGAGCAAAAUAACACCAAAUUCUAACUAUUAUUAUCAAAUUAUUUCAGUGCUUUAAUCAUAAAUGUGCCAAAAAUUACAAUUAGUAUAUAAGUACGGUUAUUAAAAGAAAACAACUACCUAUUGCUAAGCUUUUCGAAACAUUCCAAAAUGGUAACAUCUUAUUACAUUAUGAAAAUGAUUAACAACAAGAAAUAUGUUGAUACAGAAGAAUACUACAGUGGUUUAGAGUGUGCGCCUAGAAUAGCCGUGUGUAAUAAACAAUUAAAGUGCCGAGUUUGUCUCCAGGAUGGUGAAGUGGCAAUUUUUGGCGCUGACAGAACUCAAUGUAUAAAAGAGGCUCUGGAAAUUUUCGGCGAAAUCGAUGACUUAAACGAUGCUGAUGAAAAUCCAAAAUAUCUAUGCAAUAUCUGUUACAAGUUUAUAAAGAGUGCUAUUUUGUUCAGGAUAAUUCUUAGGAGAACUAACGAAAUCCUAAAACAACCGUUAGAAGUGCCAUCACCUGAACAUACUCAUGGACGUGACCAAGGUUCAUCUGAAGACGAUAAAUUGAAUUCAGAUUCGAUUUACGAAGAUUUUUCUCCUCCCGUAAAACCUCCCAAAGUGCAGUGUGGCAUAUGCAAAAAAAUGUUCAGUAAAAGGUACUAUACAACACACAUGACAAUGCACAAUCCUAAACAUCACAACCAGUAUGUUUGUGACACAUGUGGUAAAUCUUUCCGAUUAAGGGUCAGUUAUUACAAACAUAGGCUCAGACAUAGAACAGAUUAUGCUUUCAAAUGUCAAAUGUGCCCGUUCAAAGCCAGAUAUGAUGAAAGCCUAAAACGUCAUAUGCGUUCCCAUAUCCGUGAUUACAAAUACAUGUGCACAGAAUGUCCAGCUCAAUUUUUGUAUAAAAGUAAUUUAAAUUAUCACAUCAUGGUAAAACACAAAGAACCUGGAUUCAAAUGUGGUUCUUGUGACAAAGCAUUUCAUACAAAACUUAAUCUAGACCGGCAUUAUGAUGUAGAACACCUUGGGAAUAAAAGUCAUGCUUGUAAUAUGUGUGGAAGAGCAUUCGGCUACAGAAAAGCAAUGGUGAAACAUCAAAUAAGGGUACACAAGAGGGAAAAAUUGAAGUUACGUUUCAACAAUUCAAAUUACAAGCCCAUGUGUGCUGAUAAUAAAGAAUAAUAAUGAACAAUAAAUCAGUUUUUUCUUUGCUUAGGGCAUCCAU